UCCAGCACGACCACCCGCCGGCACGGCCAUCUGACGACACGCUCCUGAUUUGCCCCCAGUGGUCUUCGUGCUAUCACCAGCCCUACUACGUAUCGGCGCGGAGAAACUUGCUUGCCCCCCGGUAUCUGGCUGCCCUUUGUCUACCUCUCCUGAGCAGCAACAGCCCAUUGUCACGACUGUGUGCCGCUCUCACGAUGUCACUCAACUGGAAUGCCUUCCUCACUGAGGAGGGCCUCAAUCUGCCCAACGACCGGUGGGCUGAUGCUCCUCGAACGACGGCAGGCCGCUCGUCCGAUGCCAACACUUCCUCGUCUACUUCUGCGCGCCAGUCCUUCGGGCUAGCCCAGGAGUCCGCUGAUACGAGCGCUUUUGAGAGCUCGCUCCUUGGAACAGGAGACAAUUUCUUUUCUGACGCCUACUAUAACCCUAACGACUACUUCCUCAGCGACCUGGAAGUUCUCCAGCCGUUUGGAGACACCAUCGCCGGCGAAAACUCCACAUCCGAAUCAUCGCCUGAACCCACCUCCGGAAUCUCGGCAUCUGAACACACUAUCUUCCAACCGAACAAAUCGCUAUCGCAACAUCCAGCUUCGAGAGCUACACAGUCCCCUCAAUCCACAUCGACAAAGAGGCCCAAUCCCCAGAGGUCGCGAACUUACCCAAAUCAAAGCCAGGAUUUCACUUCCAUGUUCUCGAAGCCCUCAGAGGCUGGCUUUGUGGAAGAUCUGACUUUUCCGAACGGACCUACCGGAUUUCCAAACACCAAGACCACAGCUCAGGGCAACGCUGUGCAAAAUACGAGCGCAGAAACCACACAGAAGCGGAAUAGGCAAGGUGACAAUCCGGACGCCAUUUCAGCCUGCUGGACCUCGCCACUGUGCCCGAAUCACUCUGAAGGAGGCACUCCACCUAAUCCAUCAACCUGCGGAGGCGGCUGUGCACCAUUCCUAUUCGACGACGCCCUUCCAACACCGACAACAAUUGACUCCUCACUGCUCAAUACCAUGAAUCCGCAAGACAUCCCCGACGGUGUCGUGGAGAUCCAAUCGCGGAUAAAGAAGCGCACUGAGAGCGACUCCUCGCGGGAGCCCUCCGGGCGCCAAUUCAGCAAGAGCAGCUCCGCCGAAAUUCAGCCCCGGCUCAAGAGCGAAGCCGAGUCGUCGCAUGGCUCACCAGAGGAUCAGCUAGCUCCUCUACCCGAAGAAAAGGGCAAAUCGCGCCGCAGACUCCCACACAACCAGGUCGAGCGCAAAUACCGCGAGAGCUUAAACACACAGCUCGAUUCCCUCCGUCGUGUAGUGCCAGCUCUGCACCAGAAUCAGCAGCGAGUCUGUGACAGCGCAGACAUCGAAGACCUCCCGACGCCAUCGAAACCGAGCAAAGCCGUUGUGCUCGCGAGUGCGACUGCGUACAUCCGGCAGAUCGAGAAGGACAAGAAGAACCUGGCAGACGAGAACCAGCUGCUGAAAGCGAGAGUCAAGGCGCUGCAGGCGCUCGUCAAAUGCGACGACUGCUCGCUUAUGCAAUACGUGAUGAAUUUGAAGAUUCAAAAUCAGACUUGAGGGAAGCUUCAUCUAGUACAGAUGGAGUCGCAAAAGUCAUGACUCUGAUCCUCUCUCCUCCUACAGAUAUGUUUUCCUGUAUUCGACAGAUUAUUCAUCCU